AUGCUAUUAGGACACAUACCGCCGCACGAAUGCUAUACCUCGUGGACUAAUAACUACUUCCGGAUUGUGGAGAGGUAUCAACACGUGAUUGUGAGCACGUAUUUCGGUCACACACACGUCGACGAGAUUAUUGUCUUGUAUAAUAAAGAUCUCGAUACUAAUGGCACGUACGCUAUAUCUCAUGGCUAUAUCGGCGCCAGUCUUACCACGUAUUCGCUGUUGAAUCCUGGCUACAGAAUAUUCACGUUAGAUAGCAAUGGAAAGCCUUUGGAUUUUGAUAUAUUUUACACGAAUGUAACCGAAGAUAAUAUUGAAGGCCAACAAAUAUCGCCCAAAUGGGAAACAGAUGUGUCGGCCAAACGAGUCUAUGGUAUGGAUUCGUUGACCACAGAAUCGUGGGAUCUAUUCAUGACAAGAGCCAAAACCGAUGAUAAACUCGUUGAGAGUUAUAUCAAUCAUUACCACCGAUUCAGCGAUGAUUACAUUCAAGAGAAGACCAAAUCCGUUUUUUAA